UUCUUUCCGAGAAACAAAAGGGGAAAAUCAUUCCCAUCUAUCGUUUCACCUUGGAAUCAGACAAGAUCCCAGCCUAAAAUACGCCAUUGGAGCAUCGGCCAGCCUCCAAAUCGAUGCCGACCCAAAAUCAAAGGGCUUCUCAAUCUGUUACUCCCCUCUCCUUGCCGGCCACAGAACAUAAGCCAACAACCCUGAAUGUACUAGAAAGGCUUCGAUCUAGGUAGGGAUUGGCU